CCACACAGGAACAACCUCAGAGACGGAGGAAGACGACUUAAAUACGGACGCAUCAGAAAUCUCUCCGUUCCUUCCUGCAACAUUUCAGGUGUGAGUUCCUUUCAUUCGUCUGACAGAAAUAAGGAAGACGUUCACAAAAAGGGGAAGAAGGAAACUUUCAAAAUCUCAAAACACUUCCUGGUGAUUUUACUUCCCUUUAAUUAACCACUGAACACACAACAUUUUUUUUUAACAACAACAUAAAUCUUAACUUCUUUCGGAAACGUUUCCACCUCUGUGAUUGAUUUAAACUUCUAAAAUGCUGCCGGAGCAGAGUGAAAACAUGAAAAUGUCAAACUGGACGACCCCGGCCCCUGGGGGUGGUGGGGGUGGAGGUAGAGGCGGGGGCUGCCCACCUGUCGGUAUCCAACUGGAGGGUUUGAUUCUGCCCCCAAUCCUCACCAUCGACGUCAUACUGGGGAUGCUGGGAAACGUAGUCGCCCUGUGGAUCUUCUGCUUCAAACUAAAGUCGUGGAACCCAAACACCCUGUUCCUCUUUAACCUGGUCAUCGCAGACUUCCUGGCUCUGCUGAGUCUGCCGCUGAGGAUCGACGCCUUGCUAAGGCGCCACUGGGUGUUCGGGGACGGCAUGUGCCGGAUCAACCUCUUUCUGAUGUUUUCAAACCGCUCGGCCAGCAUCGCGCUCAUGACUGUGGUGGCGAUUUACCGCUACUUUAAGGUGGUCCAUCCUCACCACCGCUUCAACCGCAUGACCAAGCGUCAGGCUGGGUUCGUGUCCCUGUUUGUGUGGCUGCUGGUCAUCAGUCCUCGGGUUCCCAUGCUGGCUUACAACCACAUCAAGUUCACCGGCAACACCACGCAGUGCUUCUUCUUCACCUCAUACAGAGAGACUUCACGGGCCAUCACCAUCCUGGUCGCCAUGCACCGGAUCCUGACGGUGCUGGAGUUCAUCGUCCCGCUUGCCAUGCUGAUCUUCUGCUCUGUCAGUAUCUCCAGAUUUCUUCGUGCGCGACAGAUUGGAAAACCGGACAAGGUGCGGAAGGCGAUGAGAGUGUGCACCGUCAUCGUGGCGGUGUUCGUGGUGUGUUUCUUACCCACCACAGUGACCACCAUCGGGAUGUGGGUCAUUCGCUCGUCCCGCCCGUGGGAUUGCGCCUCCUUCUACACCUUCACCCAGCUCAACAUCGUGUCCCUGGGGCUCAACUUCCUCAACUCCGCCCUGGACCCCAUCGUCUACGUCUUCUCCAGCUCCAUGUUCAGGAAGGCCCUCAUCAGCUCGCUGCCCCGCGCACUGCGCUGCACAGCCAACGACGGAGAAGGGAAGAUCACUACUUCCUCAACAGAAAGUCAGGUGACCACGCAGCAGGAACUGAAAUCCAUGUGAUCCGACCGAGGGAGCGAAGCCUCGUAAAAAACUGUUCAUGAAAGAUGUUCCUGUUGAACUUUUGUUGUAUUUUCAUCGAGUUUAGAGUUUUUGUUUAAACUGUUUAAGAAAGAGUACUUCAGCUUCCCUUCAGAUGAAAGAAUCUAAAGAUAUAGACAUAUCGGUUACUUGGAAUCCUCAUUUUACUGUUUGCACAGCCGUCCCGUCCAUGUAAACACGGCUCUGACAACAACACAGCCAGCGGGACUCAAGCUUCUCCCGCAUUGUAGACAAUCAUGACUCAGAGACACAUUUACACAGGAUACACUGGAUUUAUGAUUUAUUUAUCUGUAACACGUCAAACAUUCUUCCUUUAAUCAUAAAAAACUGAAGGCAAACUCUUCUCAUUCCUCCCGUACUCAGCUGUCUUAACAAAUAGCCGUCGUCCACUCUGAUCCUGUAUUUGAUCAUGUCUAUAAACCCCUCUAUUUCAGCCCUGCUCAGAACAGGCUGUUUCUGUGUCUGUACCUUUAAAUAUGUAAAUGAGCUGUGUCUGACCACGUCCCCUCUCUGAAAGGGCUUGGGUGUACUCGGUCUUUCUCGCUCCAUGUCCUAUUGUUUACGGUGAGAAGGCAGACUCAGAGGGCAGAACAAACACCUAGCUGUGGGAGUGUCACCCACCUGGGGGAGGGGCUACUGCCCUUUGUGAUGUCAUGAAGGGAAAAUCUCCAAACGGCCUGUUUGAGCACACAUUUUCUGAAAAGUGGAGCAGGCAGAAGACGGAGAGGAUGGACUUUUCUCAUCAUUGGGGGGUUUGUAGACAGACUAGAGACACAUGUUAGUGUUAGAGGAACAUGGGGAAGUGGACGGCUUGCCUCCCCCCACCCCCUUGCUCUCUAUCCCUCUUCCUGCAUCUUAUCCCAUCUCUCCCCCUAUCCCUUUCCAAGCCCGGCGCAGUCUAGGCCUGUGAAGGCUGUUUCAUCAUGAGCCGGGGAUCCGGCCGAAGAUUUCUGCCUUUUAAUAACACAGUUUUUUCUUACCACUGUAACUUUUGCUGCUUUGCUAAAGUGCUCAUGAUGGAUAGACCAGAUCUUUGUAACAUAACAAUGAGUAAGGUCUUUUACCUGCUUUUUGUAACAUAACAAUGAGUAAGGUCUUUUACCUGCUUUAUAUAACAUAACAAAGAGUAAGGUCUUUUACCUGCUUUUUGUAACAUAACAAUAAGUAAGGUCUUUUACCUGCUUUUUGUAACAUAACAAUGAGUAAGGUCUUUUACCUGCUUUUUGUAACAUAACAAUAAGUAAGGUCUUUUACCUGCUUUAUGUAACAUAACAAUGAGUAAGGUCUUUUACCUGCUUUAUGUAACAUAACAAUGAGUAAGGUCUUUUACCUGCUUUUUGUAACAUAACAAUGAGUAAGGUCUUUUACCUGCUUUUUGUAACAUAACAAAGAGUAAGGUAUUUUACCUGCUUUUUGUAAAGUGUCUCGAGAUAACACUUGUUAUGAGUUGACGCUAUACAAAUAAAAAUUGAUUGAUUGAUUGAUUUUACUUAAUAUGUGGAGUUAAUUUUAAAAAGUACAUAUACAGUAUAUACAUACAUAAACUGAUGGAAAGGUGUCAGCUGAAACGUGAUCUUUGUAUUUGUUUGUUAGUUUUUGUAUCACCUGAUGCUUAAACAGGAGCAUGAAGUACAUUUUUAAUUCUCUGUCACAGCUGUUCCACAAGUUAACCCUCUGAAGGAUUCACAUCUCUACUUUAUUUUUGUUCUUGUCAUUGGUUAUAUUAAAUAAAGUGUUUGAAGAAGUUCA